CUUUCUAUUGUUGUCCUAAACAUCCAUCGCAUUUAUUUACAAAAACCUGACCCUCCCUCAUCCGAGACCCUCCCUAGGUGGAUUAAGUCACAUUCAGCGAUUCAUGUUACUUGUCUUCGGAAUCUCAUUUGGUACCGGUGUAGUUCAAGCAUAUCGCCAAAAUGUCUCAAUCAGGAGCGACAGUCUCGCAGGAGUGCAUCACUGCAUACAACGACCUUAAGCUUGCGAAGAAGCACAAGUACGUCAUCUUCAAGCUGUCGGACAACAACCGGGAGAUCGUCGUCGAGGAGGCUUCUUCGGAUAAGGACUGGGAAACCUUCCGCGAGAAGCUCAUCAACGCUACCACCAAGACCAAGUCUGGCGCUACCAGCAAGGGUCCCCGAUACGCCGUCUACGACUUCGAGUACAGCCUUUCCAGUGGAGAAGGCUCGCGAAACAAGAUCACCUUCAUCGCAUGGUCGCCCGAUGAUGCCAACGUUAUGGCUAAGAUGGUGUACGCCUCGUCGAAGGAGGCCCUGAAGCGUUCCCUUACCGGUAUUGCCAUCGAACUGCAGGCCAACGACCAGGACGACAUCGAAUACGACACAGUACUAAAGGUGGUCAGCAAGGGUCUGGCCGGUUAAGCGCCCCCCUUCCCGACCACCAACCCCCCGGGAAGCCCUGAGAGCAGCUGGGGGGGAAGGCAAAGGUUGCUGAGGAUCAAUUACUUGAGGAGGGGCACUUGCGUGCCAAGGAUCCA